UUCAGUUGAUCGACGGCAAGCUCUCGAAACGGACGCAGAUUUUUGUAAGUCGCCGCCGCGCCUGCGCAUUUUAAAUCAGUUGCAACAAAAAAACAACGAGAGGCAGCGAAGACGAAAUCGAAUUGUGUUUUUAUUUGUUUGCUUUUGUUUUGUCUGUGUGUUAUGCCAUGCACAAAACCACCGUGUUCGUAAAAGUGGAGAAAAAUCAAAAAUCGAAAAUUCAAGCCGAAAUAAGUUUGCCAAAACAAAAAGAAACCGCAAAAGCCGCGUUAUAAUAACGCAAAUAACGGUAUUAAGUUUGAAGCUCAUCUAGUUAUUUAUGCUUUGCUCCUCGUGGUUGUCUGCAAAAAUAAAACAAAAAAGCUUAAAACAAACAACAGUGUCGAAAAACCUUAACAAUUUGCGCGCACAUAAAAUAUAAUUAAAGCCAGCAAAUUUUUGCCUUAAACAUAAAAAAGUUAAUCAACUUGGUUGCAAUUAAAUGUUGCAAUUUAUUUUUUUGCAACUAAAGUGCGAAAUAUUCAGUGCAAUACAAUAACAAAAAUAAAUAAGUUUCUCUGAAGCAAUACAAAUAAAAGUUUCUCUGUAGAAAUAUAAAUAAAAAAAUACCAAAAUCCAUAUUAUCAAAAAUUCAAUAAGAUAUGUAAAUAAAUAGUUUGGUAUACUCAAGCAAAAAUAGAAUGCUGAACAAUGGAUAAUAAAUUAUUUAUUUUUUUGGGUAACAAACUGAUUGCCGAGACUUAAAAGACACCGAGAACUAAAAAUAAAAUAUGAUAGAUCAAACAAAAAAAUUCCCAAACAUCUAAAGAGGGAGUCCGCCAUUCCUCAAACGUAUGUGUGAUGGGUAUACGUCUUAACGGCUAACUCGAAGCUAUAAAUUGGACAUCAAAAUUGGAUUAUACAAAAAUAAAAAAAAAUAACAAAGUGAACACGAAAAGUUAAUAACAAUUAUUUUGUAUGCCGGUUUCUUCUUGACAAGUUUGAUCCCAAAACCCCGACAUCAGCAACAGCAACCAGCAUGAAAGGCUGGUUCGACGCGUUUCGAGACGAUGGGGGACCAACGCUAUAUUCCUUCUCAAAUCGAACACCCGUAACCGGAGAUGUCUCAAUCGUAGCCGUCUCAGUGCUAUUUGCCACAUUCUAUGUAGCAUUUUUAGUCAUCUUUCCGGGUGUCAGAAAACAGAAAUUCACAACGUUUUCGACAGUCACAUUGAGCCUUUUUGUGGGUCUAGUCAUAUUAAUCACUCGCCUGGGAUCCGCGUGGCAUGUGGCACAUGCAACUAUCAUCGCGCCAUACAAAGCCUUCUCACGCGAGAAGCUCCCAGCGCGCAUCGGCACCCACAUUGGCCUCAUGCAUGUCAAUGUGACGCUGACGGCGAUUCCCAUUGGAAACUGGACACCGCCGGAUAUAGACUACAACGAACGCUUCACCUGGGAGGGAGCCAAUGACAUGAGUGCCAACUAUCGUCACGCCCUCCAGCGGGGUCUCCCCUUUCCCAUCCUGACCGUUGCCGAAUACUUUAGCCUGGGCCGUGAGGGAUUCUCGUGGGGUGGACAGUACCGGGCUGCGGGAUAUUUCGCGAGCAUAAUGCUCUGGGCCUCGCUGGCCUCGUGGCUGCUGAUGAACCUGCUGCUGAUAGCGGUACCCCGAUAUGGGGCCUAUAUGAAGGCUUUGACAGGUGCCUUGCUGGUCUGCACCACGGUGGGCUAUCAUUGCCUGCUCCCGAAGAGGCCUUUGUCCAUUCACCUCGAAGGCGGACGCCUGGAGUUUCAUUUCGGAUGGUGCUACUGGCUGGUCUUGGUGGCAGGCAUUCUCUGCUUUAUUGCGGGAGUUCUGAUCUCCAUUAUUGACUUGGUUUGGCCGCACACCUUCUCCACUGUGCUGGAGGUAUACUACGGCACGCCAUACGAUCGCCAUGUGAUUCUGGAGGAGUCCAGUGAUGUGCGUUAUCGAAAGCCGCGCAACAGUCGCAGCUUAGAGGAUCCACCUGGACUGGGCUCCCGCAUCCUGCGCCGCCUCAGCUCCAAGGCACGUGACUUGCAACCUGGCACGGCACCGCGUCGCGAUAGUCCAGCCGGAGUGUCCAGCAGCGGUGGAGUUGAAAACAAGGGCUUCCAGUCGGAUGCACCAAAGAGUCCUUGGAGAUAUCCCUUCCGAAGGUCGCAGCAAAUGGCGCAGCAGCAGCAUUCGCAUCCACUGCAUCAGCAUCCGUUGCAGCAGCAUCAUCAGCACCACCAGCACCACCAUCAGCAGCAGCUGCAGUUUGUGGGCGGUCCGGUGGUGCAGCAUCCCAUGCAUCAUAUGCAGCGCACCAUGUCGCAGGAUUCAGGAUCCAGCAUUGCCUCGGCAGCCGUGCAAAUCUCCCCGCUGCACAAGCAUGCUUUGGCGCGGAUGUUGCCUAAUCCCCCAGUGGAGCGUAUUCGUGACAUGGAUCACUGGUGAUUGCCAUUGGACAAACCAUAAAAAUCGACUAUUUUUAUUGGGCUUACAUAACUCUUGACUAAUUGGAAAUAAUUUUAGAGGAAAUCUUAAAACAAAACAUUUUGUGAUAAUUUCUUAAUUUAAACAAAACAAAUCAACACAAAUUAGGAUGAAAAAUAUUUUAUAAUUGACCAGAUCACAUACUUUAACUUUGAUAAUAUAACAUAAAAAACGAAAACGAUGUUAUUCUUAACUGUACUUUUAAUUAAAUUAUUUUAAAUGUUAAGCUAACCAUGUAAUAACAAUCGACGAAUCAAUUUUAGAUAUAAGAAUGUUUUUUAGUGAUGUUUAUUUGUGAUAAGACAAUCCUGCCACACACGCACAGAGAAAUCGACACAUACAGGAGCGAGAAUUAUGGCAAAAAAUCAAUGUUUAUUUCUAAAGUAAUUUAUUAUUUGUAAUUUGAAUUCAAUGCCAGUGUCUAUAACGAAUAAGUUGACAACAAUAUGUGUAAAAUCCGUUUAAGUUUAAUGUAUAAGCUGACCAUGUUUAAAAACGAUAAGAUUGGAAAAAAACACAAUGACGUAAAU